AUGUAUACUUCAGUUCUAAAUGAGCAUAAAUUUCGUCAAUUAAAAUCUUGUGUUAGACAAAAACCAGUUGAUAUUAUAAUUCAAUCAAAUAUCGGGUUAACACAUCCAUCCGUCAUUCUAGUACGUGAUCGUUUACAUGAUAUAUUUCCUGAUAUAAAAAUUCCACUUGAAUUUAUCGGAUGGCAUAUUCGUCAAUCAACUUCUAUUGAAACUAUUUGUUCAAAUUUUGUUGCUGAAAUUCUUUCUUUUGGUAAAGUAACUGAUCCAACAAAAGAUUCGAAUUCAAUUGAAAAAUCAUCAGCUACUUCUACUACAACUAUAGCUGCUACUACUACUACUGCUUCUGCUUCUACUGCUGCUACCACUGUUAUUACACCAUCAACAACGACUAAAGAUGAUGUACUUCAAACACUCUAUGAUGUUUUCAAUUCCAUUCCACAUGAUCAUAUUGAUAAUGUUUAUAUUCGUUUAAAAAAUAGUUCAAAUGUAAAUUGGUAUGAUGAUAUUGUUAAUGAAUUAUUAUCUUAUAAUGAAGUGAAACCUGUAACAUCUAAACGAUCAU